AUGGCUCACGAUGGCCGCGAUGAAGAAGAGGCCAUGUCAGGACGCACUGCGAUCCAGCCCCAUACCAACGACACCCUCGACUACGAAUCCGCGGCGUCUGAGUCCCGGUUCAAUAUCCACUCCCAGGACGAUCCCACCCCGUCCUUGCCCAUUCCCGUCUGGCUGACCGAAUCCUCCAAGGCCUUCAAAUGGGGCUGGGUUCCGCUUCCCUUGAGAAAAGCAGGCAGAUCCACCGUCAAGUGGCUGAAAGGACCGCAACCUCCAAAGGACCUGCGCUUUAACCCUAUCGGGCCGCGAAUUCAAGAGGCACCGGUUCGGCUGUUGAACCGCUUCGUUCCCAAGAGAAAGCACAAGAUCGCAUUGCUGCUCUUUACAUAUUUCACUUGGUUUUUAUCCUGGUCUCUGGUUCUAAGGCAUUCAGUUUCCGCUGGGCAUAUCGAGGGCUAUGGUCGACCACAGCCGAUAUCUUGUAGUGCGACAUACUGGUCAAACGGCAACCAAUGCGGCCUGAACGGCUAUGACUGCCGCCCAUUCAAUGCCUCCACUUUCGCGUUCCGGUGCCCUGCAUUCUGCAGCAGCCUAAUCUUGCUGAAUCCUCAUACCGUCGGGAAUCAGACGCUCAACUACCAGCCUCUUAUUGUUGGAGGCCCGAAGCCUGGCUCCUCAGAUGGUGUCUAUCGAGCAGACAGCUUUGUUUGCCAAGCUGCACUUCACGCUGGUGUCAUAUCGGAUUCCGGUGGAUGCGGUGUCGUAGAACUGACUGGAGCUUCAAAUUCUUACCCGUCGAGUUCAGCCCACGGAUUCACGUCAAUAUCGUUUCCUUCGACGUUUCCGAAAUCCUUCCGUUUCUUGCGACUCUCUGGAUCUCAAUCGGAUUGCCCGCAGGACUCAAGAUGGCCUUUAUUUGCCAUAACCGCGACUGCUAUCGUGUUGAUUUCAAUCUUCACAACUUCACCUGCUGUGUUCUUUUUCAGUACUUUCUUUAUGCUCAUGUUACACGUUGGGCUAGUGUCUGAUCCGCCCAGUGUUUCUCAAGUCCGCGAGUUGCUUUCGCUUCUCUUCAGCCGCCUUCUUCCAGCCGGCUUUGUGGCAUAUGUUCUCUAUCUAUACUGUGCACUGCCGCUUCUACAACCGCUUGCGUCGCCUCCUGUCUACCAGCUGAGUAGGACAGUCCUUUAUCUAGCGCCCGCCUUUAUUGGAGCCUUAAACAACUACACAUUUGCUGUUUGGAUACCGAUCCAACGCCUCACUCCGCACGACCUCAAGAAUCAGCCAGGCGCUCCACUGGCACUCGUCAUCGUGCUUACUAUUGUUAUUCUGAUAGUACUGUGUCAAGUGUGGUACAUCCGUAUGGGCGGCCUUUUCUUUCGCUAUCUUAAGAUAUACGCCACCAUAGGCACCGCCGUUCUUAUCCUGCUGGUAUUGCCCGGCUUCCGCCUUCGAAUUCAUCACUACAUCUUGGGCAUCUUGCUCAUGCCAGGAACUGGUUUCCCGACCCGCCCGUCUUUAAUAUUCCAAGGCCUGCUCCUUGGGCUUUUCAUCAAUGGAGUCGCAAGAUGGGGAUUUGCGUCGAUCAUCCAGACUCCCAGUGCUUUGGGAGAGCUUCCCAGCCCUGGCGGAGAAAACGGAUGGUGGGGUGCGACAAGCCCGAAUAUUACCAACUCAUCUGUUUCGAUCUCUCUACCAGCGCCGCCGGAGUAUCGUGGCAAUGGAAAUAUCACGUUCCACCUUUGGGAACCGGACCGUAUGGCCACGUUGAAAGUCGAUGGUGUCAGUGUCCUGGUCAACGACGUCGAAAGGUGGCGUGGCUACUUGGAUGAAGACAAACAGGGGGAUUUCAUCUGGCACCGGCAUGGCCAUCAGAGCCUCGAUAUCUCAGACGGACAUGAAGAUGAAGCUCCAGAGGAUCUCUUCUUCCGAUUUGCCUUUAUACGGGGAUCAACUGCUGGAAAGUAUGGAGGCGUUGGCGUUUGGAACAGUGACGGGUCCUGGAUUCCGCCGCCACCUCCACGGACAUAG